AUGGAUUUCAAUAAAGAAUUUGAAGAAUAUAUCAAGUUUAACUAUGUAUCCAAACUAUAAAUUGGUGAAACAGUGAAUACCAUCACAAAAGUACAGAUCAUUACAUUGGAAGGGGAGGAGUUGGAUUUAGAGUGCGACAUUUAUAAAGGAAUAAAGGUUUUGAAAUACAAUGAAGUAUUUGAAAAUAUGGAAUAAUUAUUAAACAAACAUUCUUAGUUGUAUUCCAAAAAAUUUGAAUAAGAUUUAUCUUUUAAGUUGGGUUAAUUAGCACAGGAAGUUGAGGAUGAUGAUGAUGAGGAAGAUGAUGAAUUUGAUUGA